AUGUUGAAAACCGAAUCUUCAGGUGAACGUACCACUCUCAGAAGUGCCUCUCCUCACAGGAAUGCAUAUAGAACUGAGUUCCAGGCACUGAAAAGUACCUUUGACAAACCCAAGUCAGAUGGGGAACAAAAAACAAAAGAAGGUGAGGGCUCCCAGCAGAGCAGGGGAAGGAAAUAUGGCUCCAAUGUCAACAGAAUUAAAAAUCUAUUUAUGCAGAUGGGUAUGGAACCCAGUGAGAAUGCUGCAGUCAUUGCCAAAACAAGGGGGAAAGGUGGACCUUCAUCCCCUCAGAGGCGAAUGAAGCCCAAAGAAUUUCUGGAAAAAACAGAUGGCUCAGUUGUUAAGUUGGAGUCCUCUGUUUCAGAACGAAUUAGUAGAUUUGACACCAUGUACGAUGGCCCUUCAUAUUCUAAGUUCACAGAAACUCGCAAGAUGUUUGAGAGAAGUGUGCAUGAAUCAGGACAGAACAACCGCUAUUCCCCAAAGAAGGAGAAAAGUGGAGGGAGUGAACCUCAGGAUGAAUGGGGUGGUUCUAAGUCCAACAGAGGCAGUACUGAUUCCUUGGACAGCCUUAGCUCCCGGACGGAGGCCGUCUCCCCAACUGUGAGUCAACUGAGUGCAGUAUUGGAGAACACCGAUUCCCCCAGUGCCAUCAUUUCUGAGAAGGCUGAGAACAGUGCAUACUCAGUGACUGGGCAUUAUCCCCUGAAUUUACCAUCGGUUACUGUUACAAAUCUUGACACCUUUGGGCACCUUAAGGAUUCUAAUUCUUGGUCUCCUCCAAGCAAACACAGUGACGAUGCAGAGGAUGCUCAGAAGAGUAAUACAACUCCAGUACUAGAAGUGGCUUCGAAAAGUACCUCUCUAGCUUCAGUGCCCAGUGAAGAGGCACAGCAGAGCAAGGAAGCCGAGGACUCUACAUCUAACCAAGAGACUCCUGACAGAAUCGACAGAGACAUUCCUGAAGAACCUUGUGCUGAAAACAAGGCACUUACAGAGCCUGAAAUCCCUUCACCACAAAACGAACCUUCAGAAGACGCAGAAGCUCAUUUGGUUGGGAGUGAGGCAGCAAUGCAACAGAAGAAAGAACUUGCAGGUGGUGAUUUUACCUCUGCUGAUGCUUCUCGAUUCAGUUGUGGAAAGGAAGUAUUCGAAGAUUCAAAUAAUUUUGGGAGCUCCCAUGUUUACAUGCACAGUGACUAUAAUAUAUACAGGGUGAGAUCCAGGUAUAAUUCAGACUGGGGAGAAACAGGCACUGAACAGGAUGAGCAGGAAGAUAGUGAUGAAAACAAUUACUAUCAACCUGAUAUGGAAUACUCAGAAAUCGUUGGAUUGCCAGAAGAAGAAGACAUCCCGGCAAAUAGGAAAAUUAAGUUUAGUAGUGCUCCAAUUAAGGUCUUCAGCACAUACUCCAAUGAAGACUAUGACAGGAGAAAUGAUGAAGUUGACCCUGUGGCUGCUUCAGCCGAGUAUGAACUUGAAAAGCGUGUAGAGAAGCUGGAACUUUUCCCAGUGGAACUAGAGAAAGAUGAGGAUGGACUUGGUAUAAGUAUUAUUGGAAUGGGUGUUGGAGCAGAUGCUGGACUUGAAAAGCUGGGGAUAUUUGUCAAGACAGUGACGGAAGGUGGUGCUGCUCAGCGAGAUGGCAGAAUACAAGUCAAUGACCAGAUUGUGGAAGUGGAUGGAAUCAGCUUGGUGGGUGUCACACAGAAUUUUGCUGCAACGGUUCUCAGAAACACCAAGGGCAAUGUCAGAUUUGUUAUUGGGAGAGAAAAACCAGGACAAAUGAGUGAGGUUGCCCAGUUGAUAAGCCAGACGCUGGAACAAGAAAAGCGCCAGAGAGAGCUGCUUGAACAGCACUAUGCCCAGUAUGAUGCCGAUGAUGAUGAGAACACUGUGGCUGAAUUGCAAGGAGUGUCUGGCAACUGCAAUAACAAUAACAACUAUUUCCUUAAGACAGGAGAAUAUGCCACAGAUGAAGAGGAGGAUGAGGUAGGACCUGUUCUUCCUGGCGGUGACAUCGCCAUUGAAGUCUUCGAGCUGCCUGAGAAUGAGGACAUGUUUUCCCCAUCAGACCUGGACACAAGCAAGCUCAGUCACAAGUUCAAAGAGUUGCAAAUCAAACAUGCAGUUACAGAAGCAGAGAUUCAAAAAUUGAAGACCAAGCUGCAAGCAGCAGAAAAUGAGAAAGUGAGGUGGGAACUAGAAAAAACCCAACUCCAGCAGAAUAUAGAAGAGAAUAAAGAAAGAAUGUUGAAGUUGGAGAGCUACUGGAUUGAGGCUCAAACGUUAUGCCACACGGUGAACGAGCACCUCAAAGAGACUCAAAGCCAGUAUCAAGCCUUGGAAAAGAAGUACAACAAGGCAAAGAAACUGAUCAAGGAUUUUCAACAAAAAGAACUUGAUUUCAUCAAAAGACAGGAAGCAGAAAGAAAGAAAAUAGAAGAGUUGGAAAAAGCUCAUCUUGUGGAAGUUCAAGGCCUGCAAGUACGGAUUAGAGAUUUGGAAGCUGAGGUGUUCAGACUACUGAAGCAAAAUGGGACUCAAGUUAACAAUAACAACAACAUCUUUGAGAGAAGAACAUCUCUUAGUGAGGUCUCUAAAGGAGAUACCUUGGAGAAUUUGGAUGUCAAGCAGACAUCUUGUCAAGAUGGCCUAAGUCAAGACUUCAAUGAAGCGGUCCCAGAGACAGAACGCCUGGAUUCAAAAGCACUGAAAACCCGGGCCCAGCUUUCCAUGAAGAACAGACGCCAGAGGCCCUCUAGGACAAGACUCUAUGAUAGUGUCAGUUCAACAGAUGGCGAGGACAGUCUGGAGCGAAAGCCUUCAAACAGUUUCUAUAACCACAUGCACAUUACCAAAUCACUUCUGCCCAAGGGUUUGAGAACUUCUCCAGAAUCAGAUUCUGGUGCUUCAUCCCUCACUCCAGUGGCUGGCAGUGUGCCCUUCUCGUCUGACCACAUAGCUGAAUUUCAAGAAGGACCCCUGCACCCAGAAAGGGAGCCUUCCUCCUCUACUGGGGGAGACACAUCAUUCUCCUCUCCUUCAAAAUCUGAUCAUGAUAUGGAAGAAUCUCCUUGCCACCAUCAAGCCACCACCAAGAAAAUACUACAAGAAAAAGAUGGUGCCAAAGGUCCCAGAUCACUGAGGGCAUCAAGUUUGUUGGUGGUGCGAGGAGGAAAAAUUAAGCGGAAGUUUGUGGAUCUGGGGGCGCCUUUGCGAAGGAAUUCCAACAAGGGAAAGAAAUGGAAAGAAAAAGAGAAAGAAGCCAGUAGGUUUUCUCCAGGUAGCAGGAUCUUCAGCGGCAGGCUGGAACACUGGAAACCGAAGCUGUCCUCCACUGCUCAGGCCUCCACGCCGUCAGCAGGCCUGCCUUUCUCGUGGUUUAACGAAAGCCGGAAAGGAUCCUAUUCCUUCAGGAACCUGCCUGCGUCUGCAAGUCCCCUUCAGCCUUCUCCUGAAACUCUAAUUUCAGAUAAAAAGGGGUCUAAGGUAGAAAACACAUGGAUUAAAAAAGCAAACAAGAAAACCCCCAAUCCUUCCUCCUCUUCGGUCUUUGGAAAGCAUUCUCAACUUGUGUGUAUGCUCUGGAUCCGAGAAACCAAUAAUUUUACCUUCAGUGAUGACUUCAGUCCCAGCAGUACCAGUUCAGCAGACCUGAGCGGCCUGGGAGCAGAACCCAAAACACCUGGGCUCUCUCAGUCCUUGGUGCUCUCAUCAGAUGAGAUUCUUGAUGACGGACAGUCUCCCAAACACAGUCAGUGUCUGAAUCGGGCCGUUCAUGAAUGGAGCGUGCAGCAGGUUUCUCACUGGCUAAUGAGCCUAAAUCUGGAGCAGUAUGUCUCUGAAUUCAGUGCCCAAAACAUCACUGGAGAGCAACUCCUGCAGUUGGAUGGAAAUAAACUUAAGGCUCUUGGAAUGAUAUCAUCCCAGGACCGAGCAGUGGUCAAAAAAAGACUCAAAGAAAUGAAAGUGUCUCUAGAGAAGGCUCGGAAGGCCCAAGAGAAAAUAGAAAAACACAGAGAAAAGCUGAGGAGGAAGGAACAAGAGCAAAUGCAGAGGAAGUCUAAAAAGACAGAGAAGAUGGCAGCUGCCACAGAGGGUGCUGGUGAGCAGUGA